GCGAGAUGCGGUGAAUUGCCGCGAAGUGCAGGACUUCCUGCUGCUUCGAAACCGCGUUCCCGCUUUGGCGCAGCCCGAUGCAUCUGAACCCGUCCAAUCGGCGGAAGUGCAGGAGGCUUCUUUCGGCAUAGCCCACUUCGAGUACGACGCAGUUCAAGGAGCCCUUCUUCUUGGCUCUAGCGAUUUUUCCUGGAGUUCUCGUGUGCAAUUAUCUGCCAGGAACAUCAAAAUGCCUUGGGAGAAGAAAGCUCCCAACCUGCCAAGCGCACAGAUGUCACUACAGCCCUCCACACCGGCUGACAUGUUCCAGGGCAAGUACGCCGGCGCGGAUGAAUCAGGCGGCUGGUGGCGGCUCCUCCGAGCCGCUGGGCUGCUAGCAGCCACUGCAGCGGCCGCUGCGGCUGCCUGGACAGCUUGGGCUGCAGAAGCCAAGGAGGAAGAGGAGCUGCUCCUCAGGGUGCUGUCGGAGCUGCAGCGCCGUCUGUUCCAUGUGGCCAGGGAUGUGGCAGUGAUCGCUCAGGACGUCCGUCAACAUCUCAAGGGCCAGGGCGUUCACAUCGACGAGGAGCGUCAGGUGCUGGACCUGAAGUCGGCGAACAGCCGCCGCAGCAGCGCAUAUGCCUGGACCUCUCAUGGUGUAGGCGUGGGACCGGCAUCUGACGCUGAUUCAGAGCUGCUGGCUGGCCCCUGUGCACCGACUACCAGAAGGAACGACAGUUUUCAGAGCCUUAUCAGUUUCUGCUGUCGAGUGACUCCGUGUCGCUUCGCGCUGCUGUGUGGGCUUCUCUUUCUCACGACAAUGGCCCUCCUUGGUCGCUUCGUUCUGAACACCGGCUCGGACGAGAAGCAAGGGCUCCGUGGAGCCAUGUGGAACAGCUCAGAUGGACUUCCCUCGAUUGGCGGCACUCCAGAGCACGGGACGCCGCAGAUGCACGAGGAGGCCAAGCCGAAGGACAACCGGACGUCCAUGCACUCCGAGACGGCUCAAUGGGCAUCCGCUGCACCACAGCCAGGUGCAGGAACGACGGCGGCGCUGUACCCGCCCGACAAUGCAACGAACACAAGCUUCGAACUUCACGGUGAGGAGGACAUGCUGUCCACGUCCGCGGCAGAGUCGCCGACAGACUCUACAUCAUCUUCGACUUGGAAAACUAGUUUCCGCGUCGACGGCAGGUUUUCGAGCACCUCUACUGGGAGCACCACCACAAGCAAGCAACCGGCAAGUAUGUUUGUGUCCCCAGUCCAUUUCCACAAUAGCAGCACCACGAGAACUAGCAGUGCGAGCAGCUUCAGCAGCACGUUUUCCAGCACAGCUAGCAACAUAAUGCCAGAAGGCACUCGGACCGCCAUUGGAACAGUCACCUACACAACUGUGGGAAGCACUGUGACCAGCAGUCUUACAACUUUCCAUGGCACGACUUCACUAGCAACCACAAGCCCGGCAACCACGCAUACCUCAAGUUUUCAAGCUACACUCAUCAGCGAAACAAGCCAAACAACAUCGAGCGUUCUCACAUCAACAGGCUCGAGCAGCAGCACCCCGACCACGAGCAUGACCACCAUCACUGACACCAGCACGAGAACACGUCCCGCCGCUGACACUGUAACGGCAACAUACUCCACAACAAGUUCGGCAGCCGCAACCAUGUCCACCAUCACCACCUCCAGCACUACAAAUCGGACCACUCGGACAGACAUCGUAACUCCAAGGUACACCACCAGGAGUACCACCACAUUGAGUGGCACAACCAGCUCCAACGCCAUUCUUGGCACCGCUCCCGCGGAGAUUACCCACAGCACCAGCACAAUUCGCAGCAUCCGCUCCAACAGCAUGCCGCAAAUCUCUGUCACCGACACGUCAACCCAGACAUACACCCGUAGCAGCACUGUUGUGACUACCGGCCUGGGCCUGGUCAGCACCAGCACCGCUCGUGCCACUGCCACGACCACACUGAGUUUCAGCACGACAGCGGCGGCCACAGUUGCAAGCAAGAGCACCAGUGCUAGUACCACUACCCUCACCGUCACUGGCACCUCUACUGCAACCGGUGACACUGCUUUCAAGUUCCAACUCGAAGGUCCCAGCCCUGCAGUGCCGAACUGCUAUUUGGAACCACUGGUUCCUAAGUCAGGGUGCCUCCGUGCAGCGGUGCUGGUUGGAGUUCAGUUCGGCUUGAACCACUAUGGCCAAGAGACGACUGGAAAAAGGAUCUGCUUGAACCACUUGCGAGAAACAGGUCUCAACACAUUCGUUUUCAGAGCCGGUCUUUGCGAACUCUGGAACUGCAGCACUCGUGGAGCCUUAAGGAAGUGCGCUGACGGCUUGCCACUAAGACGAGGCACCUUCCUGGCGAGCCAACACCGUCUCGUGACCACUGGGCGGGAUGGAGAACUCGUCCUGGAAGAAGAUGCUGUGGCAGGACUUGCGUUGGCUGUCUUCAGCAAUGAAGAUGGCACCGUCUCGUUGCAAAGCCGGGAGGGCCGGUACGUGACAGCCCGACCCGACGGCACCGUCACGGCAUCGAGUACAGUCCUUGGCACAUCGGAGAAGUUUCAUAAAGUAUCCCUCGGAGGCUCUGACUUUGCUCUUCGAACCGCCCACAGCGCCUGGCUCACCGACGGGUUGGGCCGCCUUCAAGCCAGUCCUGAGGCAACGAGAGGCCACUUCCAGCUGCACAUCCGCGAAGGCAGUGCCAUGUCGGCCACAAGUGGCAGCGAGGGUCAUCCGCUGGCCCAUCGCACAUCCGUGCACAGCACGCUUUGCAGAUAUCAGGAGCCCGUUGGCGGCCUCGGCGGGCGUCAGCGACGCAGCCCGAGCUACGUCAAACUGUGGGAGUGGAACUACGCGGACGUCGCCCGAGAGUGCCAAGAAACUCUGGGUCCGCAGGGCUUCGAUGCCGUGCAGCUGUCGCCCUUCACGGAGCACGUGAAGGGCCACCAGUGGUGGGUGAGGUAUCAACCAGUGUCCUUCGGCCUCAAUUCUCGCAGUGGAACCGCGCCGGAGCUUCGCCGCGCUGUGGCGGCAUGCCGGGCAGCAGGAGUGGCCAUUAUUGCUGAUGUGGUUCUGAACCAUAUGGCAAGGCCCUGCCACAGCGCAGAGGCCCAGACGAACGGCGCAACACCCUGCAUCGGUUGGAACGGGACACGGUACGGCAAUCGCCAAAGCGAAGGCGCUUACGGAUGGGAUUCAGCAGGGCCCACGGACUUCCACCACCAGGUGGAUCACCUGACGUGGGGUGCCUGCGGCGUGGGUCCUGAAACCGGAUUCCUGUGCGGAUCAUUAGUAACAACGGACUGCAGCUGCUGCAAAUGUGACAUGUACGGACUUCCAGAUUGGAAUCUGUCCCAGCCCACAGUGCAGGAGAUGCACAGUCGGCAUUUGUCAGACCUCUUCGAGAUGGGUGUCACAAUGCUGCGCGUGGAUGCAGCAUUGUACAUGGAGUCAGAGCACUUUGCGGCCAUCGUUCACCGCUUUCCUUGGGACGUUGUGUAUCAAGAGUGGUGGCACGAGCUAGCAGUGCCUGGGCGCACGGAUGUCUUCGGGCUUUACCGAGACCUCCACUUCAUGCGCAAACUGGCCGAUCUGCUGCAUGUAGCAAACGCGGAACGAGCAGCAGAGGUAGUCAUGCUUUCCAGGGGAGACUAUUUUAUCCCUCCGCACGAAGCGCUGUACACCACUUGCUUCCACGAUGGGAGGACCGACAACGCAGACCCCGCCACUCCAACCUUCAAGAAUGGGCUGGCCUUCCAUCAGCAGCAGCUCUUCAUGAUGGCCUCGCCGUUCCCCGUCUCCGUGCUUUUGUGGAGUGGGUACAGUUGGAAGUCCAUCGAACAGGGCCCGCCUGGCUGCGAGAGUGGCGGUCAUUGCGUGCCCCGGUCACCCUUCACUGACCUCCUGGGCUCGGCCACCGAAUGCCUGCCCACGCCAACCGGCACUCCUUUGCCAGCAGAGCAGAGCAGCAGUCGACAGUGGGUUUGUGAGCACCGUUGGCGGGGAGUGGCGGGCCUGCUCCAGUUUCGGAAGGCGUGCCGUGGCCUUCCGGUGGAGCAGGUAUGGACUCGAGGGACAGUGCCCACGAUGCGCUCCGGCCACGUGGCCUUCCGCACCGGCCAGGAAUGCUUUGUUGCCGUUGCAAGAGGUGGGCAAGGCGACUUCGAGCUCAGCGGCUUGCAGCUGCAAUUCCCUUCAGGACGCUACUGCGACCUGGCAUCCUAUGAUGGGAGGAGCUGUGCGCGCGAAGUGUUCGUACAUGACGACGGGCGAAUUCAGCACGGAGUGGUUCCAGACGGAGUUGCAUUCCUGGAGCUCUGGUGGUUUCGUGGUGGCAUUGGACACGAUCACUUCAUUGGCAACGUCUCCAAUGGCAAAGAGCUGGCAGUCGAAUGUCGAAUCUCGGAGAAGUUCCGGAAAAUCCAGGCCGAGGUCCUCAAGUCUUUCGGCUGCAGCGAGGAGACUGCUGCUACAGUGACGAACGGGACGGCAGAGGAAGUUCGCAGCCACGUGGAAGCCAACAAGCAGAUGCUGGCUGAUGCACUUGGAGGACUCCCUCCAGUGCUUCCGGGAGUAGAGAUCCCAGAAGAUCUUACCCAGGAGCGCUUGCUAGAGCUUUACAGCAAAGUGCAGACGCUGCCACUGGGUUGCAAGCGUAUAAAGACCGAUGCCAGAUGUUCGGAUGCACCAGAAGUCUUGAUGAACUGGGAUGCAUCGUAG